AUGAGCUGGUGGUGGGCCGGAGCUAUUGGCGCUGCAAAGAAGAAAAUCGAUGGAUACGAAGAGCCCAAAAGUACUUUCCAGAGCGUUGGUCUGAUCAUCGGUGUGACAGGCAUCGUCGGCAAUAGCUUAGCCGAAAUCCUCCCGCUUUCCGACACGCCGGGUGGCCCAUGGAAGGUCUACGGCGUUGCCCGCCGCCCACGGCCUGUCUGGAACGCCGACCACCCUGUGGAGUACAUCCAGUGCGACAUCUCCGACGCCGGAGACACCCUCGCCAAACUCUCACCCCUCACUGACGUGACUCAUAUUUUCUGGGUCACUUGGGCCAACAGACCCACCGAAGCCGAGUGCUGCGACGUCAAUGGUGGCAUGUUCGGUAACGUCCUCGCCGCGGUGAUCCCAAACGCCCCCAGUCUAAAACACAUCUGCGUCCAAACCGGCCUCAAACACUACAUCGGACCAUUCGAAACAUUUGGCAAGAUCAAACCCCAUGAAACACCAUUCAUCGAGGAUGUUCCAAGACUAAACGCUCCAAAUUUCUACUAUACCCUCGAAGACAUGGUCUUCGAUGCUUGCAGCAAAAAAGAAGGCCUGACAUGGUCCGUUCACCGGCCGGCAGUGAUAUUCGGGUUCUCUCCGUACAGUAUGCUGAACAUCGUUGGCAUACUCUGUGUCUACGCCGCCAUAUGCAAGCACGAGAAUGCACCACUGAAAUUUCCGGGCACCAAAGCGGCUUGGAACUGCUACUCCGUCGCCUCCGACGCUGAGUUGAUCGCUGAGCAACAGAUAUGGGCGGCGGUGGAUCCAUAUGCGAAGAACGAAGGGUGGAACUGCAGCAAUGGCGAUUUGUUCAAGUGGAAACAUCUAUGGAAGGUUUUAGCUGAACAGUUUGGUGUCGAUUACGUUGAGUUUGAUGAGAAUGAAAAGCAGGUGAGCUUGGCGGAAAUGAUGAAGGAUAAGGGUUCUGUAUGGGAGGAGAUUGUGAGUGAGAAUCAACUUACAAUUACCAAGUUGGAGGAGGUUGCAUCGUUCUGGUUUGCAGAUGUGAUAUUCAGUGGGGAGUGCAUGUUGGACAGUAUGAAUAAGAGCAAAGAGCAUGGGUUCUUGGGGUUUAGAAACACCAAGAACUCACUCAUUAGUGUGAUUGACAAAAUGAAAGCUUACAAGAUUGUUCCUUGAUUAAUUCUGCCUCUUUAAGUUUUUUGGUGGGUGUUGGUGAGCGUCUGUAACAAGGAGGUGAAGAAAGUGUAAUUCCCUUCUAGGCAUUUAGCUUUCUAUGUUAUGAAAUAAAAG